AUGUCAGGUGCGCUUGCUUGGCAGGUCAACAAAAUAAUAAAAAUAAGAUUUGUUGGUUUUUUGGGAGAGAUCGCACGGGGUUUUUGCCCGGGAUCUCUUCCUUGUGUGGUGUGUGCCUUGCUUCUUUCCUUAUUACUUUUUACUCUAUGCUAUCUCGCGCUAGACAAAUCUACUAUUAGCGGUACGGUACCCCAUCGAGGAAUUUCUCCAACGAGUUUAGUUAACUACCACAAAAGCGGCCGUUUUUGGAUCACGAGGCCUCUUGGCCACAGCAACAAUGAGUGA